AUGCGUUUCGCAUCCAGUAUCAAGUAUAUCCUCGGAUUCUGCACGGCGUUCUCAACGCUGGCAGCGGCAGAUAUCUGCCAGACGCUCAAGCAGCAGAAUGAAAAUGUGGACUAUGCCGCAUCUAUCCAAUAUGAGACCGAAAUUAACCAUUACUGGUCUGCGGCAUGCUCGGAUCUCCGUCCUUCCUGCAUGUUGUUUCCCUCCAGUGCAGAGCAGGUCGCGGAUAUAGUUCGCGCUCUCCAGGAUACGGACGACUUCUUUGCCGUGAAGUCCGGUGGCCAUAUGCCAAACAAUGGGUUUGCCAGUAUCCAGAAUGGAGUGCUUAUCUCGACCAAGAAUCUCAACCAGGUGGUUUACGACCCGGACACUCAGACUGCUGUUAUUGGACCCGGUCUUGCUUGGGAAGAUGCUCAGAAGGGGCUGGACGGCACUGGCCGUACCAUUGUAGGUGGUCGUAUCGGUGGUGUUGGUGUUGGAGGUUAUCUCCUUGGAGGUGGCUUGAGUUUCCUCAGUUCCCAAUACGGCUGGGCGGCGAACAACGUCGUUAAUUUCCAGGUAGUCCUUGCUAAUGCUACGAUCGUGAAUGCCAAUGCCAAGGAGAACACCGACCUCUUUGCUGCUCUCAAGGGAGGCGGUAAUAACUUCGGUAUCGUGACGGCAUACACCAUCCAGACACACCCCAUCUCGGAGAAGGUUUGGGGAGGUAACUAUGUUUUCGACUCGAAACAGACCCCUCAGGUUCUCGAAGCCGUACGCUCUUUCACCGAGAGCUAUCCAGAUGAUAAGGCUGCUGUCAUUGUCACGACUGAGCAUGCCGCUGUGCUCAACACCUGGAUCAUUUUCUUGUUCUACGAUGGCCCUAGCCCUCCCGAGGGUGUUUUCUCCAACUUCACGGCUAUCGGACCCGUCAUCGACUCUACGAAGACAUGGGAUUCCUACUAUGACCUGGCCAGUGAUACCGCUCUUAAAAACAAUGACCAGUUCAUCCUGCACGGACAACGAUACACCAUCGCCACAGAGACAACGCCCCUUCCGAACAAGACCGUCGGUGCCGAAGUCAUGCAGUCAUACUACGACCACUUCUUCAACGUGUCUUCGAGCAUCCUGGAAGUGACCGGAUUGAUUGGCUCUUUUGCUUUCCAGCCCAUGCCUCGCACCAUUACCAGCAAAGCCAAAGCUCUCGGCGGGGACAUCCUCGACCUUCCCACCGACCAGGACUAUAUAAUCUUCGAGAUGGACUUCUCCUACUCUUUUGCCAUCGACGACGAGAAGGUGGACGCUGCCAACCAGCAGCUCUAUAACGGUCUUGGUGAGCUAGUGGAGAAGCACAUUGACGGGGGUCUGUUGCCUGAUGUCUACCGACCCCUGUUCAUGAAUGAUGCCUACUACCGCCAGGACUACUGGGGCCGUGUCCGCACGAAGGAGACUGCGUUACAGACCAGACUCAAGUACGAUCCUGAUGGAUUCUUCCAGAAGAGAACCAGCGGAGGAUUCAGACUCAACUAG